GCAGAAGCCCCGUGUGCGGUAUCACGGGCCGGGGAGGAGCGCCCAGGCUCCAGAUCGAACGUGACCCCGAAGGACCGAAGCACAGCGGAAAAUCCUCGGAGGGCGGUGAAACCGGCAGGUCUGCAGGUUUUCCAGCAAGGACCGGGCUCCGCAACACCCGCCUUCCCACCUGCACAGGUGCUUUUUGGAGAUCCCCCGGUGAUGGGAACAAACUCUGAGUUUCAUGCGUGGUUUGUGGCUGUUCUGCAACUUGCGUAUGCUGGCAGACACCUGCCAGACACAGAGAUGGGUUCUCGUAACACAAUUAGGUUAUGUAGUGUUUAUUAGAGUCAAAUUAGGUUUGGCUUGGAGGUGCUUGGCUUCCUCCCGGGUCCCCAGCACCUCACCUCACGUUCCCCUGCUCACCCACAAGCCCCAGACCUGAGCGGUGAGGAGCUCCGUGUUCUGACUAACGGGACGCAGUGGCUGGCUCUUCCCCACCUGAAUGGCUGCCUGGACAGGAACAGCCUCCUGCUCCUCCAGAACAGCGGCACUUGUAUAAAUCCAAUAGUUUCUAAAAAGAGAAAUAGUUUCCAAAAAAAGAAUCCAUACAAAUUUAAGAUCUCUUACACUUCUGCACCUCUUACCUUAUGUGGCUUAAGUGAACACAACAGUUACAGGAAACAGGAAAACAUGACAGCAUAAUCGUAAAAGUUUUAUUUACUCAGCAAACCUGUUUAUUUCUAUUACAUCUGACUUAGAAUGUAACUUAUUAGUGCUUGGGAACUACACAACUUGUUCUAAAACCAGUCAAAAUACAGACUGAAGCUUUUUUCUUUCUUUUAAUCUGGAGAACGUACUUUUCUACACGCCACUAGCGCAAUGUUUCAGGCCUCAGGAGCUGUCUGCCAGUUCACAGUAUCACAGUGUCGCAGUAUGUUUGGGAUUGGAAGGGACCUGGAAAGCUCAUCCAGUCCAAUCCCCCCAUGGAGCAGGAACACCCAGAUGAGGUUACACAGGAAGGUGUCCAGGCGGGUUGGAAUGUCUGCACAGAAGGAGACUCCACAACCUCCCUGGGCAGCCUGGGCCAGGCUCUGCCACACUCACCAUCAAGAAGUUUUUUCUCAUAUUUAAGUGGAACCUCCUGUGCUCCAGUUUGAACCCAUUGCCCCUUGUCCUAUCAUUGAUUGCUACUGAGAAGAGCCUGGCUCCAUCCUCAUGGCACUCACCCUUUAUAUAUUUAUAAACAUUGAUAAGGUCCCCCCUCAGUCUCCUCCAAACUAAAGAGCCCCAGCUCCCUCAGCCUUUCUUCAUAAGGGAGGUGCUCCACUCCCUUAAUCAUCUUGGUUGCCUUACGCUGGACCCUCUCCAGCAGUUCCCUGCCCUUCUGGAACUGAGGGGCCCAGAACUGGACACAAUAUUCCAGAUGUGGUCUCACCAGGACGGAGUAGAGGGGAAGGAGGACCCCUCUGACCACCCCCGUUCUAAUACACCCCAGUUACUCAGACAGAAAACACGCUAUGGAAAAAGCUCCGAAAAGUUACAUUUGUAUCUCUCCAAACCACCGUUUCCACCAGGACAAGUUAGCGUCUCUCUUCUCCACCGCGCACGGAGCUGCCGGCAGCUUGGCGGGAGCUCUGUGGUCAGCAGGGCGGGCGGAAGCUCUCGGAUGAAGCCCUUGGAGGGUUUCUGCUGGAACAAAACCUCGUCGCUUGCUUUGUUGCUCUUUUUGCAGCUGUUUCUCAACAGCGACUGAAUUAAACGAUGCUCUUGGCGAGUCCACGUUUCCUUUGGUAACAGACACACCAGCAGCAGAAAGAGCCACGAAUGAUCCGCGGUCGGUGUUUUUGACAAACGAAACACGAACCCCACACAGCCCGAGGCUUUAGCCCAGUGCGAGUCCACAUAUACUAGAAUCACAUUAAAACGUUGGCACUGAACGAUUACUUAUAAACGUAAGAAAAGUUAUUUCCAACAGAAGCUGCCCGGGCUCUGACCGAUCCCGGUUCGCCCCCCGGUACCUCAGCCGGAGGCUCCUGCGGGACCCGCCCCCGGGGCCGGGCCGGGACCCGGAUACGGGGCGCGCCGAGGGACAAUCCCGGCAGCCCCGCCCCUCCGCGCUCCCGCCACGCGGAAGGCGGCGGCCACGCCCCUUCCCGCAGGACGCGCGCUGCGCCGGCGCGCGAGGCGGGGGAUAACGAGCGCGGCCGUAACGAGCCGCCGGCGAGGAUGAUCACUUCCGGUUUCUCUUCCCCCAACCCCCCAGCUGCAGCCCAGGAGGUCAGACCUGCCACUGAUGGUAAUACCAGCAGCAGCUCCUCCUGCAAGAAGAGAAAGUUAAAUAACAGCAGCAACAGCAAUUCUGAACGAGAAGAAUUUGAUUCCAUUUCUUCCUGCGCCUCUUCUCCUUCCAAAAACACCUCCUCGUCCUCUUCCUCUGUCAUCACCACCUCGUCGUGCUCCUCCUCAGGGGUUGCCUCCUCUAACCAUCACCUCCAGAAGAAGCUGCGCUUUGAGGACUCGGUGGAUUUUAUUGGACUCGAUGUGAAGAUGGCUGAAGAGUCGUCUUCCUCCUCUUCUCCUGCCGCCUCUUCUCAACAGCAGCACCAACAACAGCUCAAAAAUAAAAGCCUUUUAAUUUCGUCAGUGGCCGUGGGGCAUCAUGCAAAUGGCCUGACCAAAGCUGCCUCCUCUACUGUUUCCAGUUUCGCCAACAGUAAACCUGGCUCUGCUAAGAAAUUAGUGAUCAAGAACUUUAAAGAUAAACCCAAAUUGCCUGAAAACUACACAGAUGAAACCUGGCAAAAACUGAAAGAAGCUGUAGAAGCUAUCCAGAACAGUACUUCGAUUAAGUACAAUUUAGAGGAGCUCUAUCAGGCUGUUGAAAAUCUCUGCUCCUACAAGAUUUCUGCAAACUUGUACAAACAAUUGAGACAGAUCUGUGAAGACCACAUUAAAGCACAAAUUCACCAAUUCAGAGAGGAUUCAUUGGAUAGUGUGCUUUUUCUAAAGAAAAUAGACAAAUGUUGGCAGGAUCACUGCAGACAAAUGAUUAUGAUUAGAAGUAUCUUUUUGUUCUUGGAUCGAACUUACGUACUUCAGAAUUCAAUGCUGCCAUCUAUUUGGGAUAUGGGGCUAGAAUUGUUCAGAACUCACAUAAUCAGUGAUCAGAAGGUUCAGAACAAAACCAUUGACGGCAUUCUUCUGCUGAUUGAGAGGGAAAGAAAUGGUGAGGCUAUCGAUAGGAGUUUACUGCGAAGCCUUCUGAGCAUGCUUUCUGACCUGCAGAUCUAUCAAGACUCUUUCGAACAUAGAUUCUUGGAAGAGACUAACCGCCUGUAUGCAGCAGAGGGGCAGAGGCUUAUGCAGGAACGAGAGGUACCAGAAUAUCUUCACCAUGUCAACAAACGCUUGGAAGAAGAAGCAGACAGGAUAAUCACUUAUUUAGAUCAGAGCACGCAGAAGCCACUAAUUGCUACUGUAGAAAAGCAACUUCUAGGUGAACAUUUAACAGCCAUUCUUCAGAAAGGUUUAAACCACCUUCUUGAUGAAAACCGAAUUCAGGAUCUGUCUCUUCUGUAUCAGUUGUUCAGUCGUGUGAGAGGCGGAGUACAGGUUCUAUUGCAACACUGGAUUGAGUACAUAAAGGCAUUUGGUAGCACCAUAGUCAUUAAUCCAGAAAAAGACAAAACCAUGGUCCAAGAACUACUUGAUUUUAAAGACAAAGUUGACCAUAUUAUUGAUGUUUGCUUUCUCAAGAAUGAGAAGUUUGUAAAUGCCAUGAAAGAAGCCUUUGAAACGUUCAUUAACAAACGACCAAAUAAGCCAGCUGAACUCAUAGCUAAAUAUGUAGAUUCAAAGCUUCGUGCAGGCAACAAAGAAGCUACAGAUGAAGAACUUGAAAAAAUGCUGGAUAAAAUUAUGAUCAUAUUUAGAUUCAUAUAUGGAAAAGAUGUCUUUGAGGCCUUUUAUAAAAAAGAUCUAGCAAAGAGACUAUUAGUUGGGAAGAGUGCAUCAGUAGAUGCUGAAAAAUCUAUGCUUUCCAAACUCAAACAUGAAUGUGGAGCUGCUUUCACCAGCAAACUUGAAGGAAUGUUUAAAGAUAUGGAGCUUUCAAAAGACAUAAUGAUACAGUUUAAACAGUAUAUGCAAAACCAGAAUGUACCUGGCAACAUUGAACUAACAGUGAAUAUUCUGACCAUGGGUUAUUGGCCAACCUACGUGCCUAUGGAGGUCCACUUGCCCCCAGAGAUGGUAAAACUGCAGGAGAUUUUCAAGACCUUUUAUUUAGGAAAACACAGUGGUAGGAAGCUUCAGUGGCAGUCAACACUAGGCCACUGUGUACUAAAAGCAGAAUUUAAAGAGGGCAAAAAAGAACUUCAGGUCUCCUUGUUCCAGACACUGGUGCUGCUCAUGUUUAAUGAAGGAGAGGAGUUCAGCUUAGAAGAGAUAAAGCAAGCCACUGGAAUAGAGGACGGAGAGCUGAGAAGGACCCUUCAAUCUCUGGCUUGCGGCAAAGCCAGAGUACUGAGUAAGAGCCCCAAAGGCAAAGAUGUGGAAGACGGCGAUAAAUUCACAUGUAAUGAUGAUUUCAGACAUAAGCUCUUCAGGAUAAAGAUCAACCAAAUUCAGAUGAAAGAAACAGUAGAGGAACAGGCAAGCACUACAGAGAGAGUGUUCCAGGACCGGCAAUACCAGAUCGAUGCUGCAAUUGUACGAAUCAUGAAGAUGCGCAAGACACUGAGUCAUAACCUGCUUGUGUCAGAGGUCUACAACCAGCUUAAAUUCCCAGUAAAGCCUGCUGACCUUAAGAAGAGAAUAGAAUCCUUAAUUGACAGGGACUACAUGGAAAGAGAUAAAGAAAACCCAAAUCAGUACAACUAUAUUGCAUAAACAUAUGUUGGCCUUUGUUUUACUGCACACUUGGUGUCAUACACAGUUGCCAGUGGAUAAACUAGCCUGUUGAUCCUGUUAAUUGACUUUUUAUACUACCGAUGAUUGAAUGAAAGCAGUGUAAUGGAAAAGUAUAGUAGAGUGGACUUCUUUCAGUGGUUAACAUGCCCAUUUAAAGAGUACUAUUUACAUUUUAAGAAGAAUGCUGUUGAACUCUUUGCAUGUUAUUUAGUAAGAUGUGCAGAAAGCUGAAAGAAAGUACAUGGUCUUUGUGAUUCCAUUUGUCUCCGGGUCUGAAGAGGGGUCCCUUGAUAUAUGACAGAUGUCUUUCACACCUUUAAAUGGAAAUAGAAGGUUAAUUAAUAUAAAAAAAUAGCCUUUAAAAUGCUUAAACUGCAUGCAAACUUCUAAUUUACUGUACAGAAUGAAUUUCAGUUAGUAACAUACCAUUGGUUUGGUUGAUGCCCACACUUGGAUGUAUCCCUUGAGGGAGGGGAGAAUGGGGAAUAAGCCAAGCUGUGCUUAUUGCUGAUCUAAUGGAAAAGACAAAAUGGUACCAAUAUGAAACGCUAUAUAAAGUUUCCAGAGUGGGCAUAUAUACUAUAUAUACAAACACCAUUCUUAUGUAACUGCUACAACAAAACAAGUUCAGAUUAGAUUUAUAUGGCUUGCCUAUAAGACUUAGUGUUCACCUUUGGGAAUUUUAAGCAUAAAACAGCCAUAAUGGAAAAAGUGACAGUUUUUACUAGUCAUGGGUAGGAGGCCUUCACCUCUUGGCAGCAAUACUCUAGGAAAGAGAAUCUAUUUACAGAUAUCUAUGAAAAGCCACGCUGUUCUUGUGGUAAAGCUGUAAGAACAAAAAUUACAAAAGGAUUUUAAUACUUACUUUGCUUUGCAACAUUCUAAACUUGAACUAACCUCAAGGUUUAGACAGGGCAGCUCUUGCACGGCUGCCCUGCUUUGGAUUGCUUUAACUUAAAGCUUUAAGAACUCAGCCCUAGAUGUGGCAGGCCUCCUAGAACCCAGAAGCCUACCUCUCAUAUAGAAAGUUAAGUAUUGCUACAAGGCAUCUAAAAUAUAUUUUCUUAGAUGACCAGAGAGCAUUCUUUGCAUCUUUAUAAGACAUGAGAGAAUAAGUCACUUGAAUGUAGAGCUUUGUUUCAACAAAAUGCGUUUUUUUUUUGUUUAUUUUAUUGCUAUAGCAGCAUGUGCCAGGAAUAUAUGGGAAAAAAGUGUCAGCAGAAAAGGUAACUCCUCCAGGUAACAGUUCUUCCUUACCCAGCCAGGCUCUAGACCUACGAUCAGCUGUGUUGCAGAGUACAAUGAAAAACCUCGUCCUCUUUCAGGCGUUGAUAGUCCUGAGGAACACCAGAUAUUGCUUGAAAGCAAGAUGUUACUCUUAUGUAAUGGCAGUAACUGAGCUUUCUAUGAUCUAUAACUUUGAUCACUGUGAUCCCACAUUCAGGGGUGUGCAUGUGCGAGACAGGCAGAGUGUGUGUACAUGUGUGUAGUUUUUUAUCUGACUCAUCCCAUCCUUACUGCUUUCUUGGUCUACUGUUUAAUUCCAUAUUUUCUCCAGCUGUGUUUUCCCUAAAGCUCUUUUAUAUGCAGUCCUCAUCUAACAAAUUAAGCAGAUGUUUUGAGGUUUUUUUCUCCUACUAAAUGAUGUGCUGUUACCCUCUGCUAACUGACAUACAGCUCUUUGUGAAGUGUGGAAAAUCUACCUUAUCCUUUGACACUACUGCAGCAUAACCACUGGUAGACAUCUAGGACCACCCUUGCCUUUGUAAGAAAAAUACUAACAGUAGAGUUAUCUGGUAAGAAACUUGAAGACUGCUCCUGCAAAUCUUUAAGUAUCAGUUCAAAUAGAGAUCCAUUGGGGAGGAAAGGAUGCCUCCCUAAAAAAACCUUCUGUAUUUUUCAUUCAAUGGUCCUUUUUCUUGUGUGUGUUUCGUAUCUUUAGCCAAUAAAAGGUUCCUUUUAAAAAGGUGUUUUGGAAAAGGAGCAUAAAAAACUUACCUCUUUGGGAGACAGGAGAUGAUGAAUAUCAGUAUUGAACUGGUCCCAUUCAGUCUGUUGUGGCAUGUAAAUCUAACACCACCACACGUUUAAAAUGCCUGUUCUGGUGAAAUCCUCCCUCAUUAGACAAGUGUGUUGCAUUCAGUCAAACUAACCAGAAAGGUCUGAAGGUCUAUUUAAUUUUUAGCCCAUCCAUUUCAUUAACUUAAAUGCAGAAAAUAUUAGAGAGGAACUGUCCUCAAAGCUCAUCAGACUCCCACCAUCUGAGGCAGACCCUAAGCAGCUAAAUCUAGUUAAAGCAACCCAAAGACUGGACUUGAGAACCCUGGCCAGGCCGAGAGAGGGGAGGGGAGAAGGCUUCUCCUUCUUGUAUCCUCACGGGUUUUCCCCGAGAACUUGUUCAUCUCUUCUGCGAAGGUCUCGCUCAUUCCUGGUUAUUGACAAAGCUGCAGCCAAGAUUUAUCGUCCAGCCGUACAACUCCGCAGCUUCUCGCUGGGAUCAUGUGCCUGCCUAUUGAGCCAUAUAUAUCUCUGUAGGAAAACAAUUCAAGUGGGCUUGGGCCACAGCUCAUCUGGCUACAACACAGCUUGUCUGUUUGGCCACACAUUUUUAAUCUUGACUCUUGCAUGCAGUUUAUAGCACCUUGUUCAUAAGAAAUUGCAGUUUAUUCUUAGAAAUAUAUAUUUUAGGUUUUUUAAUCUUUAUACCCAUAAAUGGACUAUUUUUUUGUCUUGGCUGGUUUUAAAAGUGACCAUUUUGUUUAAAUGCUGUAAUUGCAAAUGUGUUGUAAACGUCUUUUUGUUCUAUAGUUUACACAAAGGUGCCAAAGUAAAUAGUAAAUAAAACAAGACAAACCCUAGCAAAUUGUUAAGUUGCUUUAGCUGUUCUUCAUAUUUUGGUCUCUUUGUUUGGUCAUUUUUUUCCUAGACAUAUCAUUUCCCCCAAUGCUUUCUUUAAAAGAAAAAAAACAAAAGUGCAUCUAAAGAAAUGUUCAAAUACCACUUUUUUUUUUUUUAGUGAUUUCAUAUAGUAGGAAGAAUAUUUUCUUUGAAACGUUACACUAAAAUUGUAAGAGUACAGCAGCAUUCAAAAAUGUAAUAUACUUUUUGUAUAACAGUUCUUCAGAGUAUGUCUGGAGUGGGGGAAAAACUAACCCUGUUACUUUUCAGAAGCCUCUUCUCUUCCCUCGGCUGCCAGCAUAUGAAGUUGUGCUUUUUCACUGCAUCAGAUGUUAGAGUUUAUGCAGACUUGCAAGCAGGGCAUGUAUCACCAGUGCAUCCUUCGAUGCCAAAAGCAGCAAAACCUUUUUUAUGUUUCAUAAGUCUGAUAUGGGUACAGAGAGUCUUUCUUAAGUUGGUAAAUAAUGUAAAUACAUGUCCUUUCAGAGAGUGAGUCUGUUACCUAGGUAUUUUGUGUCAUUUAAUAAAUAUUAAACAGUUUUGUGUUGAUAAACUCGUGUGUAAAACGCCUUCUUACUCCAAGUUCUGUAUGUUGGGCUUACUAAUGUUUGUGGCUUCUUUAAAUUCUUUAGCCUGUGUUUUGAUAGCAAAAUAAUUGUUUGCUACUUAAAUAUAAUACGAAGUAGCUCCUUCUUCAUUCAAUCAUUAAAAUCCCUUGAGUUUUCUAA